AUGGGGGGCGCGCCGGGCGUAUCUCGCGUGCCGCGGGCGGCGCUCGCCGCGUUCGUGACGUGCCCGCUCUGCAAGGGAUACUUCCGGGAGGCCAGCGCCUUCGCCGAGUGCGGCCACACAUUUUGCCGGGAUUGUAUCCUGAAGAAAAUAGGUGAGGAGGGGAUCGAAUCCUGCCCCGUAUGCAACGCUGCUCUUGGGAUUGCUCCUGAAGAGAAACUCAGGGAUGAUCCAAAAAUUCAGGCUAUCAGGGACCAUGCGUUUCCACCUAAAGCAGAAGUUGAUGCUUCUGAGGCUCCAAGUACUACACUGCCAGCAAAGAUAAAAGAGAGGUCCAUUUCUUCCUUGGUUGAAACCCAGAAGAUGGCAACACAACCUACUCUGACAGGACAGAGAGCUGCAAGAAGGAAAUUCAUGUCCCAUUUGUUUUCUGUCGGUAAAUUGCCAAAUAAAUCGGAAGACUAUAAUCAGAAGACUGAGAUGGCCUCAGCACCAAAAUCAACCAAGGUGCCAACAUCUGCAAACAAAAAGAAGAAUAGUGCAGAUAUUUCUGAAGAUGGAAAGAAUCACGAGACGAUUGACAAUGAAGAGCUUCAUAAGCCCUUACGGAGCUUAGUCGUGGCAAGCGCGAAUAAGUCACAAACAUUAAGUUAUCUGGGGGAAAGUCGGAAAAACAAAACAACCACAGAGGAUAGUCUGAGGGAAAGCCCAGAAGCAGACUCGGAUGAUGGAAUAACUACCCCAGUCUGGUUUUCACUAGUGACUUCACUGAACCAGGCAGAAGCUAAACGGCUGCCUCAGAUAAAAAAUAAUUUCUACAGAAUUAAGUGAGUUCCCCAUUAAUCUUCAAGUUUCUUUGUCAACAAUGAUA